GCCCUCAGGGUGAAAAGGGGAGCGAUGGGCUUCCUGGCAGAGAUGGGAAGCCAGGGUCUCGAGGGCUGCCAGGUCCCAGUGGGCCUCGGGGGGAUGCUGGGACAAGGGGCCCAUCUGGAACCCCUGGAUCAAAGGGAUCCCCAGGACCUGCAGGCCCCCGUGGUCCACCAGGACUCCCAGGAGAGAGGGGUCUACCAGGCCCGCCUGGCCCUCCGGGGCCUCCAGCGCCGGCCAGUGCCCGCAUCCCAGAACCAGACCGCAAUCGUGGAAAAGACCCCUUCUUCUCUAACACUUUCCAAGACUCACGAGGGUUACCUGUUCCAGGACCUCAGGGUCCCCCCGGGCCUAUCGGUCCCCCGGGUCCCCCGGGUCCCAAAGGCCCAGUAGGACCUUCUGGCCCGUCAGGACAGAACGGAAAGCCUGGAGCCCCUGGAACACAGGGCCCUGUUGGGCCAAAGGGAGAACGUGGAGAGCGAGGUCCUUUAGGUUACCAAGGAGAGAGGGGCUUCAGAGGCGAGCCGGGAACACCAGGUCCCAAGGGAGAGUCGGGAGAGAAGGGCUUGCCGAGCAAUCUAAAUGGGGACGGAAUACAUCAGAUCAGAGAGGCGCUGAAGAUCUUAGCCGAGAGGGUUUUAAUCCUUGAGACUAUGAUCGGUAUUCAUGAGCCUGAUCUAGGGUCUGGGGACGGACCGUUUGGCACAGCCUCCCCUAGUUUCUACAGAGAUAAGCGAGCAGGUGUGCUUCCAUAUCGACUUGCUUCUCCUCUGUCCUCCGACACCAAGGUUCGAGGGAAGUAGCCCCUCCCUCCCUUCCUCCCACGCACCCCCUCCCCCCCUCCGCUCACCCUGAGGAUCACAGGCUGGGUUGACUCCCCCUCCUAUAGGUCUCAUCGGCACUCAACAGAUUUAGACCUUAUCUGAUACCCUCUGUGGGCUUUACUGUCAGAUUUAGGAUGGGGGACUCCUCAGGGAACACUCCACUGAUACUCCACAAUGCCCUCCUCCAUCUGGAUCCCGAGAACUAGUUUGACCCCCACCCAUUUCCAAAGGCAAACACUUAUCUUUACAUUAAAUACCCAGCAGCUCCUUCUGUGUCUCAUUUCUUGGCUGCAGAACAAAAGCCUCAGAAUAAAAAAAAAGGAAUGUUCAGUGGUAUUCCUCGAGCUACAAACAGUUCUGGACAAUAAGGGUCAUUUAGAAUAAUCAAUUAAAGGAGGAAUCAGAUGCGAGGAAAUAGACUGGAUUGGAGUUUGUAUUGCUUUCACAAUGUCACUGCAAUCUAAAGAGAUUCCACUAUUUAAGUAUAUUGCGCAUGUACAGUUUGCAGGACACAAACAAACCUCUUCUUCUAGUAUUAAUUUUGUUAUACCUCUAUCCUAUUGUUUGACUCCAUGUUAUGUAGUGCACUAAAAAGAUGAAGUCACCUCCACUCUGAUAUAUGUGUUGCUAACAGUGAUUUGUAGUUUUCUGGUGUGUUUUCCCCCUUAAAGUGUCUGAUGACUGAUAUGGUGAUUUAAUAUACAUUUAAUUUGUGCGACAAAAAAAGCACAAACAUUUGUAUUUGGUUGCAUAUUUAAAAAAACAAAUUAUACAAAAUGUGUACGAAAUGAAUGCAAAACAAAACAUGCUGAAAUGAAAAGGACUGCAAACUGGCUGUCAUUUGAAUAUCUUUAACACACAGAGGAAAUAGGAAAACUGUUAAUGGAACUUGAACAUAUUUUUUUACCACUGUUGUGUUGGUAAACUUAGACUGCUUAAACUGUCCAGAUGAAAAGACUUGAUAUUUGUUUUUUUCAUCUUAUAUCAAACUUAUUUUGAAACUAUUUAAAAUGAUCAAUUGUAGUUUAUUUUGUAUGCUGUUGUGUAACCAUUUCAUAUCUCUUUUUUCCCCCAUGCAAAUGUGUUAUUGUGUUAAGAUAAUCCUGUCUAGAUGAUUGGUGUAAUAAAAUAAUGUCCAUUGGG